AUGAUGAAUCUUAAUACGGACUUCUCCUCUACAGCCAAAAGCGUCGCCAUUCCGCUGUUUAUCGCACUGGGUAUCUGCUACGCCACCAGCCUCGUCCUCUACCGCCUCUAUCUAAGCCCGCUGUCGAAAUUCCCUGGCCCGCGCGUCGCCGCCGCAACUGGCUGGUACGAGGCGUACUUCGAGCUUGUCCACAAGGGCGGCGGACGUUUCCUCUUUGAGAUCCGACGGAUGCAUGAGGUCUACGCUCGCAUCCCAGGCCCCAUCGUCCGCAUCAACCCCUACGAACUACACAUCGCCGACCCAGCCUACUACAGCACCCUCUACACCUCCACCCUGAACCUCGACAAAGCAUCCCACAUCCAGCACCGCUUCAACGCCCCAACCGCCGCCUUCUCAACGCCCCAACAUGCACUGCACAAACGCCGCCGCGCCGCGAUAUCCCCGUUCUUCGCGAAGCGCCGCAUAGACGAGCAAGCGCCCAUGAUCAAUUCACAUGUCGACGUAAUCUGUCGGCGUUUGAACGAGGAAUACGCAAGCACAGACAAAGUGCUCUGCGUCAACGAGCUGUACGGCAGCUACGUGACGGAUGUGAUCAUGACGUAUGCGUUCAACCGGUGUCCGCGGUUCCUGGAGGAGGAGGAAUUCAUCUCUGCGUUUGGGAAGAGCAUCCAGGGCCUCAAGGAGUUCGUGCACUGGGCGCAGCAGUUCCCUUUCCUCCCGCGGAUUUUGGGUAUCGUGCCGCCAGCCCUUAUGGGCGCGCUGUUCCCGGCUAUGCGCGCGAGUCUGGUGUUUCAGGAGGAAAUGCGCACGCAAGCCCAAACCGUCCUCUCCGGCCACGGCCAAAAGGGCACCAUCUUCGCGGACCUACUAGCCUCCGACCUCCCAGAAGCAGAACUCACCCUCCCCCGCCUAAAAGACGAAGCAAUGAGCAUCGUCGGCGCGGGGAUCGAAACAACGAAGACCGCAAGCGUCGUGACGACCUUCCACAUCCUGCACACCCCGCGCAUCCUACAUAAACUGCAGGCCGAGCUGGACGCCGCGAUCCCGGACCCCGCUGCCCCGCCGCCUCUAGGCGUCCUAGAAAAGUUGCCUUUCCUCGCCGCUUGUAUCCAGGAGGGGAUUCGACUGGGCUAUGGCGCGACGGGGCGCUCGCCGAGGAUCUCGCGGGGCGAUCCGCUGACGUAUGGAGGUGGGGGUGGGGCUUGGGUUAUCCCCGCCGGUGUCAUGGUUAGCAUGGAUAGCUACCACAUGCAUCAUGACGAGAGUGUGUUCCAUGAUAGUCACGCGUUUGUGCCGGAGCGGUGGCUGGAUGGGGCGCGCGGGCCAGGGCCGGAUGGGAAUGGGCGGGGCAGGCUGAAUCGGUACCUGGCGUCGUUUGGUCGCGGGACGCGCAUGUGUGUUGGGGUUAACCUGGCGUAUGCGGAGAUUACGAUUGUGCUGGCGAGGCUGUUUCGCGGGUUCGAGAUGGAGCUGUAUCACACUAGCAGGAGGGAUGUGGACUGUUAUCGGGAUUUGGUGGGGAUGGAGGUUGUUAGGGGGAGUCGGGGGGUCAGAGUUAGGGUUUUGAAGACGAGGAAGUGA